UAGGUGACCACAUGGUAGUCGGCCAACCAGAGCAGAAACCAGAGAGAAGCAACCGACUGUAUCCAUCGCUGACAAGCACACAGAAGCACAAAGAUGUUAUGAUUGACACAGAAAACAGUCAUGCAACUGCAGCUCACCAUCAUGAAAGUCUGCAAGAAUGCACACAGUCACAAACAUCUUCUGCCAGCACUGAUAGUCAGAUGAAAGCGCAGAUUCAUAUACUGGAGGAACAAAGACGAGAACUUCUUUCUAUUAAUGAAAAAUGGGCAAAGGAAUACCAAACCAUGGUGCAGUAUUACAAAGACAAGGUCCAGCAUCUAAAAUUGCUACUUCCAACAUGA